UACUUGGCAUUGGAUAUAUAAUUCAUGGUUAAGCUGGAUGUUGUUUAGGAUAUCAGAGACGAAAAUAUCAUCAAACCACUCACACCUACGAAAGGAUUCGUUGAAUCUGCUCUCCCCAACUUCCUUCCCUAUCUAGGACGACAUGUGGACAGCACAACAUACCUCAACCAGCUCGCGCAGCAGCGCCAAAAACAUCGACUUACGCCUCGCCAUGCUGAAAGAUCCAGCAGCCGAAGAACAACAAAUCUCCUACCCACAUCCAUCAGAAAUGUGGCUUGGUAAACAUCAACGAUCUUCCCAAUCAUCCUCGUCGGAACGAUACUCUGUCCCGUCACUUUCGCCGCGUUCUUCGUCAUUUGCGCAUGAAGAUAAUGAUGAUGAUGUGAUGAGUCAAGCGUCGGGAUCAACUGCAUUUUCGACGACGCUUUCUCCUGCUGAAAGACAGAGGGAGGGUUCGGUACAUGUUCAUAUUUUGUCGGCGGAUAAAUAUGAGCCGGCUUCUAUGCAUGUCGAUGUUGAAGCGGAGAUGGGCGAGGAUGUUAGUGUUGUGAAAUCGUUUUUUCAGCAGGAUCAAAUUUCUCUCUCGAUGGAGGCGUUCCAGAGCCAGGAGUCGAGCUUUAUCGACCGGCCGAGGAACACAGCAAGAGCAAUCGACCAUCAACCCCCUUCACCAGCAACAUCCAAACCUACCACUGAAGAACAAUCAGAGCCAGAACAAGUCCCAAACCCAGGGCCCCUACAAACCCAACUCCAAUCCCUCCUCACCAAAAUCGCUAUCCUCGAAACCCAAUCCCCCACAAUAAUGGCCUCCGAUUACACCUCUCUCCAGUCACGAAUCGCAACUCUCGAAUCCGAAAAAGCUUCUUUACUCUCAAACCGCGAAUCCCUCUUCUCCCUCCGCGACGAAGAUGUGCAAAACCUCAUAAAACUGCGCGUCUUGCUAGCGCAAGAACGACGUGAACACGAAGCUUUACGCAAAUUGAGGGAUGACGAUUUACAAAAUGUUAUUCAACUCCGGAACAAACUUGCGCAGGCUACAUGGUCAAGCAAGAGUCAGAAUAGAUUGUCGUCAGGCUCGUUUUCGUCUGCAGGGUCACCUUCUGUUGGGUCCAGGAGGAUGGAGAAAACCCAAUCCUUGUCACAAAAUAAUGACCUAUGGCAAACAGCCAAAACAGCCGCGUUGGAGCAACGUGUUCUUGAAUUGGAGUCUGCGAAUGCAGAUUUGAGGGGGAGACUUGAUAAUGCGCUGCAACAAUCGCAACGGGAGCAGGAAAUAUCAUUCAUUGCUGCCACAACUAAUACUGGAGACAACGAGCAAGGAAUGGCGGCACUUACAGAAAUGAGAUUAAAUGCCAUGCGCGAACGGGAAAGUCAUGUUGCGGAAAUCAAAGAUGUCAAAGCCGAGAACGUGAAGUUGAAGCAGCAGGUGGAGAAGAUGAAGUUUCAGUUGGAGACUUCGCAGGCUGUUAUUGAGUGUUUUUCGAGGACUUUGAAGGUGAAUUGA